GAUAAGUAAUGAAUUAGGUGGAGCUCUGAAACGUUGCUUACGACCAUCACUCGCGUCUCACCAGCUUGCUCGCUUCCGGCGGUUCACUCAUGGCAUUCAAAUUUUUUGAUCAAACUGAACAUACUAACCUUUUUUGGGGAAUAUAGACAGCAACUCGGCUGCCAAAAAUGACUAUUAUCUGCGAUUAUCCUGCUGCGCUUGUCGCCUUCGCGGCCAUUCGUCGGCGUUGCCACUCCUUUUGUUGGAGCCGUGCCGUACUAACGCACACGCUGUUCGGCCCAUCAGUGGCAGGCGAGCGAUAUGCUGCAAUAAUUUUUCUUGACGGAAUUCUAUUUCAGAGGCUCCACCAGAUAGUAUAAAGACCUGGCGCAGAAACUGUGCUCUGCCUUUUUAACGAACCCAACGAUUUUGCUCUUUGGCACGUACCGCAUACGCUCUUUUCUGCUCACAAUCGCUCGUUAUCAUCAUCAACAUGCGCUUCUCACCUAUUCUCGUCGUUUUCGCAACUGUUAUCCUCACUGGGGCUAUUCCCAUCGCUCUUGAUGAUUCUGCGGAUGCUCUAGCCGUUCGUAGCGGUGGUCUUCCCCUUACCGGUAUAAAAAUUGGCCAAGAAAAGGACAAUUUACCUGUACGUCGCAGCGGCGGCCUUCCUAUCGUCGGAACGAAGCUCGGAGGUAGUACUAGCAGCUCCGGAAGCGGGGGUUCUCCCCCUCCCAGCUCCGAGCCUUCCAGCGGGGUUCCUUCUACCGCCACUUCUUCGAAGAGUACCAGCUACGAAGGCAAGGGCAAGGGGGGUAAGACUUCUGGUAGCUCUAGUGGGAGUGCCCCUCCUACUUCCGGUAAUGUUCCCCGUAAGUCUGGCGGCAACGGUCUUGGACCCAUCAACCCUCCCGAUGUUAAGCCUGUCGUGGAUGGCUUGAGCAGUUCCGGUAGUUCCUCCGGUUCCGGAGCUCCUUCGACCUCUGGUAGCUCCGGUGGUAGUGCUCCUACCUCGGGCAAGGUUUCUCGCGCCCAAUCUUCCAACAACGGUCUCGGACCCAUCAAUCCUUCCCAGCUUACGUCUUCCGUCGGCGGCUUGACCGGCUCCGGUAGCUCUGGCAGCUCCGGCUCUGGUAAGAGUGUCCCUCCUACAACUGGGGGUACGAGUGCUCCUCCCACGACUGGCGGUACGAGUCGUCCCUUCCACGUCUGGCGGUAAGAGUGCCCCUCCCACCACUGGGGGUACGAGUGCCCCUCCCACCACUGGGGGUACGAGUGUCCCUCCCACGACUGGCGGUACGAGUGCUCCCACUACUGGGGGUACGAGUGUCCCUCCCACCACUGGCGGUACGAGCGUCCCUUCCACGUCUGGCGGUAAG